UUUGACAGACCUUGGGUUUGAAGUCAGGUACUUCGAUGAUCUGAAAGCGGAAGAUGUGCUGCACAAGAUUUAUGAAGCCUCGACGGAUGACCACGGCGACGCCGACUGCUUUGUCUGCGCGUUCCUCAGUCACGGCGAGAACGACCACGUUUACGCGUACGAUGCCCAAAUCAAAAUUGAGACAAUCACAGACAUGUUCCGAGGAGACAACUGCCAGAGUCUGGUAGGGAAACCGAAGAUAUUUAUCAUUCAGGCGUGUCGAGGUGACAAACACGACGAUCCGGUCGUCGUUCGGGAUUUUACAGACGGGAGUGACGAAUCUGCGGUCAGCGAGACGGAGGUGGACGCGGCUGGUGUCUACACGCUGCCCGCCGGGGCGGACUUCAUCAUGUGCUACUCCGUGGCGCAAGGUUACUUCUCGCACCGCGAAACUGUCAAUGGCUCCUGGUACAUCCAAGAUCUGUGUGAGGCACUCAGGAAGCACGGCUCUUCCCUGGAGUUCACGGAACUUCUCACUUUCGUUAACAGGAAAGUAGCUCAUCGCAGAGUGGAUGUGUGCAGAGACAUUAACGCGAUAGGGAAAAAGCAGAUCCCUUGUUUUGCCUCAAUGUUAACUAAGAAGCUGUAUUUUCAUCCAAAAUCUAAGUAG